CUUUCCCCUCCCCCCAACCGAGAGACCAAGGAUCCGCUCACAAUGUCGUCUUUCUCGUCAGCGAGGCUCAGCGGCAAAAAGCCCAAUGGCAAUGGCGAUCGGCCGCCGGCUGCAAAGCAUAGGUAUGGCUACCAGAAAGUCUUGAGUCGGUUCUACGAGCCCUUGCUCCUGUUACGGGCACUUGGACAGACGCGAGCAGACCAUACGACUAUCAUCUGUGAUCUCGGCCCCGAGGAAGCACGCCGACGGCGAUUCCUGCAGAAUCUGGCCUAUAUAUGUGAUGUUGAUAAAUCGGGCAUCUCUUGCACGGCUAUUGGGCUGGAGGACAUGAAAACCCGUUACAGACUUUGGAUCGCCUCCAACCAAGUCAAUGGCGGGGUCGUGGACUUCCUCAAAAGGGUUCUUGAUCACCUGAAAGCCAUUCCCGGUCACUCUCCGGAGGUUCCGAAGAUGUACCGCGAUGCUCUCGUGAUACUGUGCGUUGACUUCGCCGCCAAACGCAUCCGACAAGAGACAAAAGUUUUGGUUCGGAAGAUCAAAGAAUGCUAUCCCACGCCGGGCGCUCCAAAAACCACAAUAGAUCGGGAGUUGAGAGACUGGCUGUAUUCGGUCGUGGAGGAGGAUAAUCACCUAAAACUCUGUCGCUAUGCCUACAAGCAUCGGCACUCGGAGUUCCUUGAUAUCCUGACUCGGAGAACCCAUGAGAGGAAGGAAGAGAUGGGCCCAACUGAGAAACAAUCACCUUUCUCCUCGGUCAGACAUUGUUUUGGACGGCUGGCUGAGCAUAUCCGGGCGCCUCUGCAGCUGAUCGAAGACGCCGGUUCUUUGAGCCAGCUACUGGGCUCCUAUGAAGUGUGUGCCAUUGAGCCCAUUGCUCCUGUACCGCGGCAACUCCCUGACUCACAGACCACACUGCGUGGCAUUCUGAACCGGAUGCUAAAGAAAGAUGAUCCCGAACGGCCACAAAUCGAAGAGGCUCUGCAUCUGAUAAACUUCAAGUUCGGCACCUUUGAAAACUUCUGGAAGGCUUAUGAUAAUUGCACCCCGCAGGUGCAUGCGGAAGUGCAGGUCCUAGAACAUUUUUAUCGGAACCGGCUGCGCUUUGUCGGGAACGAUCGCUAUGUUGCUUGCAGCAAGCCAGCUUGUCUGUGUUGCGCAAUGUACUUCACCCAUCACCCGGCUCGCAUGGUGGUCCCUGGUUCUCAUAACAAGGUUUGGACAAAUUGGGGGCCGCCUCUCGUGGAGCGCUUCGCCAAAGAUGAUCCAGAUUCCAGGCAACAACUGCACAUUCUCAAUAAGAUGACUGCGGACAUUCGCCGCCGCGCCGUCGCCCAGAUUCUCAAGCAGUCGCCGGCCAGUCACUGGCAUCCGGAUAGCCUGACGAACAUAACCGAUCUCCCUCGGCCCACCUCCCGUUGUAGUCAGCUUUCAGUCGACGGAUCCUGGGGUGACAAUGUUGCGACAGAUUCAGAAUCAUCUGCCACUGAAACCCCCAGUCCACUUUUCCAGGAGGAUGAACUGGAUGAAGACUCUGCUUCGGAAGCUGGGGGGGUCUCUAUUUGGGUGUAG